AUGACUGAAACAACAGGUUACUCCGGCGGUGGCCUUGUCCACAUUAAAAACCCGCACUUGGACUCGAUGGAGGAGGAUGUUCUCUAUCACCUGGACUUGGGAACGAAGACGCACAACCUGCCGGCAAUGUUUGGGGACAUAAAGUUUGUCUGCGUUGGCGGCAGCCCAAACAGGAUGAGGGCAUUUGCCCAGUUCAUGCACAAGCAGCUGGGACUGGCGGGCGAUGGGGAGGACCUGGCAGACAUCUGCGCGGGGACGGACCGGUACGCCAUGUACCGGGCUGGGCCGGUGCUCUCCAUCAGUCACGGGAUGGGAAUCCCUUCCAUUUCCAUCAUGCUUCACGAACUAAUCAAACUGCUGCACCACGCAAAAUGCCGAGACGUAACUAUUAUACGCAUCGGUACUUCUGGAGGCUUAGGGAUCGAGGCUGGGUCUGUUGUGAUCACGGACACGGCGGUGGACUCCUCCUUCAAGCCACGGUUCGAGCAGGUGGUGCUGGAUGACGUGGUGGUGCGGAGCACUGAGCUGGACAAGGACCUUGUGGAGGAACUACUUGCCUGCAGCAAGGAGAUUCCUGACUUUCCCACCCUCGUUGGCCAUACCAUGUGCACCUAUGACUUCUAUGAAGGUCAGGGGAGAUUAGACGGAGCACUGUGCUCUUUUUCCAGUGAAAAAAAGUUGCAGUACUUAAAAAGAGCUUAUAAUGCCGGCGUGAGGAACAUUGAAAUGGAGUCUACGGCAUUCGCUGCCCUGUGCAGGCUGUGUGGCCUGAAAGCCGCCGUCGUCUGCGUGGCGCUCCUGGACCGCCUGGAGGGGGACCAGAUCCGGGCGCCCCGCGAGGUGCUGCGGGAGUACCACGGAUGGACGAUGCCGCACCGGCAGCGGGUCGCCGGGUCUCAGGCGGCGCGGUGCGGUGGUCGCAAAGGACUGUCCCGUUAG